CACUUUUCUAGGAAACGCUUGGUUUAACACUAGCCACCUUUACCCCUGCUACUCCACCGACGCCCCACUAUAAACCACAAGAGCCUCAUCGCGGUUGGAAUCAAUCUUGUCCUUCUCUUCAUCAGCAUACCUACAUCAUGGCUUCUAGCAUGCCCAUCUCCACUGUCUACGUCCAAAAUCUCGAAGAGCGCGUCAAGCUUGAUGCAUUGGUAGAUACCUUGAGAACAGUAUUCGCAGAGUUCGGCAAUGUUGUCGACAUUGUGGCGAAGAAGAAUCUGCGUGCCAAAGGGCAGGCAUUUGUUGUCUAUGAUAGCCCUGAAAGUGCCCAAGAUGCUAUCAACGAAAUUGAUGGGUUCGAGCUUUUCGGCAAGCCUAUGAAACUUGCUUUCGCGCGAACGCAGAGCGACAAGACCAUUGAAUUAAAGGGCAACCAGGAAGAGCUCGAACAACAUAAGCGCCAUCGACAGGCUGAAAAGGACAAACGCAAGGCUCUUGAGUCUGCGGAAGAGCAGAGACAAAUCAACAAGCGAGGGUCUGGCUCAGUCAACGACAACAGACCCGCAAAGGCGGCGAAAUCAUCAGGUCUCAAGUCCACCAGCGCCGCAGCAUCCGGCAGUGUGCUUGACGAGUUCCUCCCUCCCAACAAAAUUCUUUUCGUCCAGAACUUCCCCGAAGAUUAUGACAUUGAGACUUUGACCAGCGUGUUUGGCCGAUUUGACGGAUUUCGCGAGGUUAGGCUGGUACCUGGUCGCCGUGGUAUCGCAUUUGUUGAGUACGAGGCGGAACAAGGCGCUAUUACCGCAAAGGAAAACACGGCUGGGUUACACUUGGGAGACAAACCCAUCAAAGUCACCUACCAGCGACAGUGAAUGUGAAUGCUAGCAUUGAUAGAAAGAAGGCCGUAUUUGUUAAUUGAUACGGCCACAACGUUGGCUGAUGGAUACUUAUUUAAUGAUAAACACAACAC